CUGCGUUAUUUCCUGCGGAGUAUGAAGGGAGGUUUGGUGACAGCGCGGAGGGAGGCGACGCGUCGAGUUUGUAGCAGCUGAGCCGAGCGGGACCCGAGUGUGUGUGAGUGUGUGUGUGUUUGUGUAUGUAUGUGUGUGUGUGUCAGAGGGACCAAACCUCCCUGACACAGGCGUCCAUCCCGGUAACAGCUCCUGGGAAUGAUCCGGAUCCUCGCCUCUGAGUCUGGUGAGUGAGGGUUUUUUUUUCCUCCCAGGGUUUUGGCUCGAUCCUCCACCAUGGCAGGGGAUCUCUACAGCCCCCCGUCCCCACUGGGGGACUCCCUUCUGGACAGUCCCCUGUGCGGAGACCUGAUGGAGGACCUUCGCGACAUCUCCCAGUCCAUAGGAGACGACACGCUGGGGUUUGACUUCCCGGAGUACCAGAGCACCGGGUCGGGGUCGGAGAACUCUGUUGCACUGGACACCCUGACCCCAGCCUCCAGUCCGUCGUCGGGGGUGUGUGGAGCCACCCCGGGUCCCGAGGAGAGCCUCAACCUGGAGUGCCGGGUGUGCUCGGACAAGGCUUCGGGCUUCCACUACGGGGUGCAUGCAUGUGAGGGCUGCAAGGGUUUCUUCAGAAGGACCAUCAGGUUGAAGCUGGAGUACGACAAGUGUGAACGCAGGUGCAAAAUCCAAAAGAAGAAUCGCAACAAGUGCCAGUACUGCCGAUUCCACAAGUGCCUCUCUGUGGGCAUGUCCCACAAUGCCAUCCGGUUUGGUCGGAUGCCCCAGGUGGAGAAGCUGAAGCUAAAGGCGGAGAUCAAGAUGGUGGAGAAAGAAGUGAAAAGUCCCAUGUUGGCCGACCACAAGAUUCUGAUCAGGCAGAUCCACGAAGCUUACAUGAAGAACUUCAACAUGAACAAAGCGAAAGCUCGGCUCAUACUCACCGGAAAAACCAGCAAACCGCCUUUCAUCAUUCACGACAUGGAGACGUUCCAGCUGGCGGAGAGGACGUUAGCGGUCCACAUGGUAAACGAUGGAUACCCAGAGCCCGAGAGUGGCCUUCAAGCUAGGGAUGUGCUUCCGGGUGUGGGGUGUGGGGAGCUUCAGCAGAGGGAGGCUGAGGCUAGGCUCUUCCACUGCUGCCAGAGCACCUCGGUGGAGACGGUCACAGAGCUGACGGAGUUCGCUAAGGCCGUGCCGGGUUUCCAGAACCUGGAUCUGAACGAUCAGGUGACUCUAUUAAAAUACGGUGUUUAUGAAGCCCUCUUCACCCUCCUGGCCUCCUGCAUGAACAAAGACGGCCUCCUGGUGGCCCGUGGUGGAGGCUUCAUCACUCGUGAAUUUCUCAAGAGUCUCCGGCGUCCAUUUAGCGACAUGAUGGAGCCCAAGUUCCAGUUUGCCACACGCUUCAACUCUCUGGAGCUGGACGACAGCGACCUGGCCCUUUUUGUGGCGGCCAUUAUCUGCUGUGGAGACCGUCCAGGCCUGGUGGAUGUACCUCUGGUGGAGCAGCUGCAGGAAGGCAUCGUUCAGGCGCUACGGCUCCACCUGCUGGCCAACCACCCCGACGACACCUUCCUCUUUCCCCGACUCCUGCAGAAGCUGGCUGACCUCCGGGAGCUGGUCACCGAGCAUGCUCAGUUGGUGCAGGAAAUCAAAACAACGGAGGACACGUCGCUGCACCCUCUGCUGCAAGAGAUAUACAGGGACAUGUACUGAGGAGUUAGCACAUGUCAUGAACAGGGGCAUGUAUUAAAAUGUUAAUGUAAGCCUGGUAUACAUACAGUACCCAACAAUAACUGAUCCCAUCGUACAUAUCAAUGUACUGUAAGUAGCUUAUUGUGCAGCUUCUAUGGAUGUGCCCUGCUGCGACCAUGUGACUGAAACAUUCUACUGGAACAAAAAAGUGAAUUCUUUUUCGGGGGAUUGGCGUCUUGUUGGGGGCCUGACUGCUGCAGUGAAAGGGGGGACACAGUGGGGAACAAACUUUUUGAUCUCACACCAUACAUGAGUAGAGAUAUGUUCUUUUUUUUAAAUGCAUCAGUUUGAACUGAAUCCUGGAUGCCAUUUUUUUCCUUACUAAAAAAAGCUAAUCAGGGAGUACGCGAUGCAAAUAUGCAUGUGUGCACACAUAAAGACACAGACGUUACUGCCACAGCCAUUCACGCACUGAUGCUAAACUGUGCUUUUGAACAAUGAGGUAAACAUUUUAAAUCUUUGAGACAGCUGCUUUAGCAAAAGGGGAUAAAUGUCAUAUUCCUAAUAUUUUGGAUAUUUAGUAUGAUUUUUUAAUUUAAAACUCAUUUGAAUACAGUAAAAAUCACUGUCAUGUCCUUUUAUUAUGCACUAGUGCCUCACUGAUGUCAGCCAAAUUUCCCUCAUCCAUCUUGAGAUAAGUGGUUGAAGAAACACCUUCAUCAGUUUUCACCAUGUGCCACAACGUUUCACCAGCUGAGCUCAUAUUUCCUCCAUUUUGACCACACCUUAUACACAUAAUAUAUAUAGAAUAGAGAUUUUUUUUAACCAUAGUUUAGAUGUGGAACUAUUUAAUGUCGGACCAGGGAAUGUUCUCACAUAGUAUUAAAUCAACCAUCCUUUGAAAAUAUUGUAAUUUUAUGAGUUGUGUAUUUAUUUAAUCGUCUUCAUCCUACUGCUAAAACCAAUACAACAUGACAGCUCACUUUAAACCUAUUUUUCAGGUCGGUGUUACCAUGUACAAAAUGUUUGGUACAAAUUCUGCCAUUAAUACACUUGUUUUUUUUGUUUUUUUUUCAGGACAUUUUUUCCCGGGUUUUUUUCUUGGAAAGAAAAAAAAACAGUGCUGGCCAGUAUUUAAUAUUUUGACCACAAACGCUGUUAAAUCUGUUAAACUGGUUUGUGUUUUGUAAAUAUGAUGAAGAAUGUGGUGACCGCAGUGAAAGGGUGAGUGUAUCUGCAGACAGUAACGCAGACCUCAAAAAGAAAAUCUGAUUGUCUUGUUUUCUGUGCUUAUACAUCACCUCCAAAUGCAGUAAUGAAACUCUUUAUAUUUUUUUAUCAUGUACAGUACAGUGUACAAUAAGAAAAUAUAUCUGCUGUUUCAACAAGAGGAAUUAUGUUAUGUGGUAGCCCAGAAUAAACUGCUAUAUUUAAGA